UGCAAACGGACGUGCGAGCUCGUUAGACGGGUUGCGGCUCGUAAGGCGUUUACCGAUUCGCGUCGAUCUCUUUUAUAAUUAAAACGCGAAUAUUUUAGGAUUUUUCAGUUCGAGCGCGUCGAUUCGAUCCUUCGAUCUUUAAUUCGCCGCUCAACGACAAAUCUCGUCGUUUCUUUCGUCUUCGAAUUCGGAUUCUUUCGCAACGUUUAACUUCCGAUAAAGUUUUCGAUUAGGAAAAAUCGACGGAACGAUCGGAAUCGUAAGACGGUAGCGUAGCGUCUUAUCACGGUCGAAGGAAGCCACGUAAAAUUCCCGCUUGCGAGCGUGUGGAAUAUUUCUAAAUUGGCGGUCGGUCGAUUGUCACCUAAAUACCUAAAUGGAAUAAUUGGAGCUGGAUUGGCCUUACGGACUAUUUUUAGCCACCGCCAAGGGGUAAGCCCUCUAACGUUGGCUAAAAAUAAUCUUAUCGCAAAUUUACCGUCCCUUCCUUCGAGUCAAUGGUCCGUCGUACAUACGUCUUUCAGUGACCGGCUAGUAACCUCUUUUUAUUUUACAUCAUUUGCACGUACAGUCGUAUUAUACCGUAGAUCAACGAAUGUACAACUUUUCGGACGAAGCAAACGCGUUACGGAGUUCCAUUCGAAUCUUCUUCAACGUCGCCGAAUUGCUCGUGCUCGCGCACGAUUCCACAGCGCUCUACGGGAAAGUCAAUCUCACCAAGUUCUUCGAGGGUCACUCGCGCAGCAAUCAUCCCGCUUUACGAGAUCUCUCCUAUCUAUCGGAGGAGUACGACGGCGUGGAAGGGCCGAAAGACUUUCAAGAGCUCGAUCGGCGGAACAGAAAUUCAGAGCCUGAAUAUCUCUGCAAAACCAAGGAACGACUAGUGGAGCUCAGAGACGCAACUUACGACUAUCAGCCGUUUCGGUAUUACGAAGUCUAUUGCAAGGAUGACCAGUUUUUCGAUCGAGCGGAAGAACGAACGAGAGGAUCAUCCUCUGCACAGAAAUGCGCUCAUCCCAAGUUUCAAUGCGUCCAAAGGACAAAGACCCUCUUCUUAUCCAGACGCCUCUGGGAGAGCAAUUGUUGGGAGCCUAUCACCAUAGAAAUCCCCAGUGGUUGCGAUUGCAUGUCGGUCCCUGCGUCCGACAUCGCCGCUCUUCGUCAAUGACGGGAAAUACUUAGCUCGUUAUCGAUCCUCAUCCACGCGACUUUAAAUUGCGUAUUUGCGAAAAAAUUUAAUGCAUAAUAUUACGUAUGACGUUACGGUAGGAUCGAUUGCAUCUGCACGUCGAAUAAAAUUUUUCCAGAUCGGAGUUGUCGCUUGUCGCUAAAGUUUAUUUCAAAAGUUCUCGCGAGAGAGGAAAAUAUAAGAUACGAUUCUCCUGCUACUUCCACGAAUUUGCUUUGUGCUUGGGUAAAAAGUGAAAUCCAUCGGGUACUUUUCCAAGCAACAUUUCUCUAGAAAAAGAGGUCAAGCGUGAUACGAUACAUCGUAGCGAUAUUAGCAAUCGACGUACUACAUAUGCGUUUGUCGUUUAAACGAACUUACGAUAUUUUGACCCAAUCCGCGCAGUUUGAACUCGCCAUAAGCGUUUCCAUCUCGUCUCGACCUUUGUAAAACGGUGGCCUCUCGUUGAUUCUCUGCGGUGGUCUCUCCAAUAGCCCGACCGGCACGUAUCUAGAGAAAAUAAUACAAUUGUAAGUUUUCAAUCGCAAGCCUUUGUUCCCCUUUCGUAGACUUUCGAGCAAGAUACUCGCCUGUGCAAGAAGGAAAUCCAUUCCAACAUGAAUCUCCUCGUCGUUUCGACGCCUCGCGUAUCGGAUCCCCAAUGCUCGAGACCGUAAUUAGCAUAUCUCUUCAAUAUAUCGAAUCUUUCCGUACUUCUUACGUCUAUCAACUUUUUUUCCUUCAUUUCGGUAAAAAUCCAAGGUUUUAUCAAUGCUCCUCUUCCUAUGGUCACUCCUUCUACGGAAGUGCACAGCUUGAGUGCUCUUUGAUAAUCGUCGAACGAAAGGACAUCUCCGUUUCCAAAUACAGGUAUGGGCUUUGCUGCCUGGGCACACUUUUCUAUAUAAUUCCAAUCUGCGAGUUUCGUGUACCUUUGUUCGCGAGAUCUUCCGUGAACCUGUUCGACAUGCAAGCGUUUUCGAUUAAAUUCGCGUACAGUUUUAAGAUCGACGAUUAAAUCAAUGAUUCGUCGUCCUCUUUCACUCGUAGUAAUAAAAAUUUAUCAAAACUACUCACGGUGAUCAUGGAUACGCCCCAAUCUCGAAACUUUGGCAUUAAAUUAUGCGCUAUAGGUUUGUCUAUGUAAACUCCUGUUCUGGUCUUUACGGACAAAGGUAUCUCCACGACUUGACUAACCGACUUUAUAACUGUUUCUAAUACGUUUAAUCUAUUGAGCAUACCGCUUCCGCCACCUUGUCUGUAAAUUAAAUCGAUAGGACACCCUAAGUUCAAAUCUAUGAAAUCUAUAUCAAUUUCUUCGUUCAAUAACUGAGCACAUCUCGUCAAUACUCCAGGAUUAUUACCGCACAAUUGUAUGCCAAAAACGUCUUCGCUUUCGUGUCGUUUUACCAAAGCCCAUUCCUCGUGCGCUCCUUUCAGUAUUUUAGGAGCCAACGCCAUUUCUCCGCAAGUGAUAUCGGCGCCGUAACCUUUACAAAUCCUUCGAAAUGGAAGAUUACCCACGGUCGUCAAAGGACUCAACAUUAUUUUAUUCUUCCAAUCGAUCUUUUUCUUCUCCGACGUUCGAAUUUUAAUCAAAUCGUAGUCCUCCACGGGCCCGAUUCUCGGUACUUUCCUUUCGGAUACGUUCUCCUCUUCGCCGAGGACCUCUUCCGAAGGUAAAUCUUUCUCGAUUUCUUCGUCGUCUUUCUUUACUUUUGAAUAUUUCAGUCGAGACGUUUCUUCUUUGUCGCUCGACGUCUGACUUUUGGUAGACAUCUUCUUGGCGGAAGGAUUGUUUCCCUUAACGAUUGU